GAAGAUGGCGGCCAAAGUUAUCCAGGACUUGACUACGUCCGACAGCCAAGCGCAGGGGUGCGCGCUGCAGGUCGUUGGGCAGGCGUUCGACGAGGUUGCGGCGGAGCUCAAUAUCAAAUUCGAUCUUAGCUUGGACUUUGGGCCCGCCAAUCCAUUGACGAAGCCGUACCUUCGCAUGGUUGAGUUCGCUUGCGAGGGGUCGAUCUCGCUGCCCGCGAUGCCGAGGAAGAACGCCACCGACAUCGUUAUCCAUGGCUUAUUUGACAGGCUCCAGGCUGAGGGGCCCCAGGGCGAGUGCGCCGACGGCACGGGCGAGGGCGACGGCAGCGAUGGCAAGGCCAAGUCGACGAUGACAGUCUUCAAAAGAAUCGACACCGCUAUCGGCCACGUGGUUAACCUGUUUCGGAGGCAGCUCCUUGCGCACAGCGAGUUUCGGGGGCAGGCCGACGUGCAGGUGGGAGAGGAUGAGGAGGACGACGACGUCGGCGGCUGGAACCAGGACCUCAUAGAGAUAAUCAAGGACGAAGGUGAUGUCGCCGACGUGCCGCGGAAUUUCAUCGCCAAGAACGACCCGACCUCAGGCCGUCUGUCUGCCAUGUCCCGCACGCACGACGCCGCCGUGAAGAUGGCGUCGGCUUUGUGGAAGGUGAGCGAGGAUGACGGGUGGCCCUAUCAUGGCCAGUCCUGUUCGAAGAGCGACAGGAUCCAUCACGUCGUUGGCGCGAUCAGCAAGAUCAUCGCCAGCGCGCUCCCGGUUGCAGUCUUCAAUUUCGUCGUGAUGUCGCUCAAGGAGUUUGCAGACAAAUGGCCCGCUCCAGGCGAUGCCCCCAGAGUUGCCAGGGGACUGUUCGAGGUUUUGAAAGGGCGCGCCGAAGCGCGUUCGUUCAUCAAGCUCCGCACGAAGUACACCUUCAUCCUACUCCAGGAGGUCUGCGUCAUCUUGGAGGAGAAGUUCGAAGGCAAGAGCUCCGAGCUGCAGGUGAUCAAGGCAGCCGCUGACCAGGCGGGCCACUCCAUCAUUGCGCAGGCUGCCGAUGUCGACGCCGAGGUCCCGUUCGAGGACGACGUCGAUGCGAGCGGCUCGGUGUGGGUUCGGAUAUGGGCGAACAUGAUCUUGAGGUUGGAGGGCUCCUUCAAAAAGCCAGCUGUGGAUGCGGCGGAUCAAGCAGCCGAUCCUGCGGCUGCGGAGUUCAAGCUAGAGAUGGCGCUCAGGCAAGCUGUGUCCCAGUUGAACGUCCCAGAGCUUCGGGUCGCAAUCGGCUUGAGCACUCGGAACACCAGGGGCCAAGGCGCGAUUGACAAGAAAGAUCUCAUCGACCAGUACGUGAAGUCCAAGCUGCAGGAGAGCAGGAAGAGUGCUGCUGACAGACACAUCGACAUCUUCAGUAUUAUUUUUGAGGCUACAGUCGUCGGCAAAGGUGCGGCCAGUGCAAUUGACUCUGCCUCGGCUGGUUUCAACCAGGAGUUCGUCCUUCGGGACACCUCUGUCAACUCGAGCGGCGCUUUCAUGAGUGAGCUGGUGUCCUUCCUCACGUGGGCAUGCCAGAAGCUUCGCCAUGCCCGCCCCGUGGACGAGUCCGCGACCGCCGUGCCCAGCGAUGCGCCGUUGCGAGAUAUAGGCGCGAUCUACACGAAGCGAGGCGGCACGGGGCUGGUUCUGCACUUCAUCGGCGUCGUGACCCCCGCGCUCGCGGCGGACCCGGAGCUCGCGGUGGGCCACAAGGGGUCGCCGCCGCAUGAUGGGCGGCAUCCCGACGCCGAGGGCUUGCCGAAAGGGACGUUGUCGUUCGGCAAGGUGGUUCUGAAAUCUGACGCGUUUGAUGAACACCCAUUGGUGUUUGACUUGCUGGUGAAAUGCCCUGGCGGUGGUGCAGAAUACGCGGUGCCAGCUUUGUACGUCCGAGUCCUG